AAGGAGGAAGCGCAGAGGGAAAACAUUAAACUCUUGCAGUAAAAACCCUCCAUAAAUAUAUAAAUUCUGUGAUGGACGGCCCCGGGACGGAUAGCGACUGGAGGAGCCCUCAGUUCCGACAGAAAGUCGUUGCUCAGAUUGAAGAAGCUAUGAGGAAGGCAGGAACCGCACACACCAAAUCGAGCAAUGACAUGGAGAACCAUGUCUACGUAAAAGCCAAAUCCAGAGAAGAGUAUUUAUCUCUGGUCGCGAGGCUGAUCAUACACUUCAGAGACAUUCACAAGAAGACCCUAGGAGGCCCGGAUCCCAUGAAUGCCCUGACUAACCUGACAGGGGUUGGAGGACCGGGCGCCAUCGGCAUGGGGCCUCGUCCUACUGGGGCUCCCGUUGUUGGCAUGGGGGCCAUGGGGCAGAUAAGCCAGCAUGCCAUGGCGGGGGUGGCUGGAAACCCGCAAGCCA